UCACGAAGUAUAUGGAUGGAUGGGACGAUUGUUAUUUUUGCGCUGUGUUCGAUUCGUGUUUUAAAACUGGUGAUAUUUCGUGCGGUCAGUGAACGCAUCGCGAGCAGUGGGGCUGGGCUUGCUGGCACUUUCCCCCCUCAGCGUCUUUCUGCGCAGCAGCAGCAGACGAACGCACGAACGGAGACGCUCUCUCUCAGCUUUGUCAGGGCGGAACCGACGCCUCGCGGAGCCAAACUGGAGCCGGCGGUGGCAUCUGGUUCUCUCGCCGGGCAACCGGCGCCCGAGUGGGGCGGCGCCGAGCGGCAGCCUCCACCCUGGACCGACGAGCUGGCCGGCAUGUCCCGGCACAUCUACGGCAGACACGGGCCAGCCGACGGUGCGCAGAAGUCCGCCUUCCAGGUGAAUGGCGGUACGUACUCCAGGAGGAGUCGGCUGAAGCGAUCGGAUGGCAGCACCACGUCCACCAGCUUCAUCCUCAGACAGGGUUCUAGCGAUUCCCACACGAGCCGACCGUCCGACUCGGACGUUUCCCUGGAGGAGGACAAGGAGGGCGGCAAGCAGGAGCGUGAGCAGCAGGCCCAGCUCCAGCUGGAGAGGGCCAAGAGCAAAGCGGUGGCGUUUGCCGUGAGGACAAACGUCAGUUACUGCGGCGCUCUGGACCAGGACGUCCCUGUGGAAGGCACGGCCGUCUCCUUUGAUGCCAACGAUUUUCUCCACAUUAAAGAGAAGUACAGCAAUGAGUGGUGGCUCGGUCGGCUGGUGAAGGAAGGGUGCGACGUCGGCUUCAUUCCGAGUCCUCUCAAGCUGGAAAACAUUCGCCUGCAACACGACAGCAAGAAAGGACGCUUCCAGGGCAGUCACAACAAGUCCAGCGGGAACUCGUCGUCCAGUUUAGGAGACAUCAUGUCAGGAACCUUCAAGAGUACACCAAACAGUGCAGGGAAGCAGAAACAAAAAGUGGCUGAGCACGCCCCCCCGUAUGACGUGGUCCCGUCCAUGAGGCCGGUGGUCCUGGUGGGCCCGUCGCUUAAAGGCUAUGAGGUGACCGACAUGAUGCAGAAGGCGCUAUUCGACUUCCUGAAGCACAGGUUCGACGGCAGGAUCUCCAUCACCAGGGUCACGGCCGACAUAUCGCUAGCCAAGAGAUCAGUGCUAAACAAUCCCAGUAAGCGCGCCAUCAUUGACCGGUCCAACACCCGCAACGCCAGCAUCGCUGAGGUGCAGAGCGAGAUCGAGCGCAUUUUCGAGCUGGCGCGAUUGCUGCAGUUGGUCGUGCUGGACGCCGACACGGUCAAUCACCCAGCGCAGCUCAUCAAGACCUCGUUGGCACCCAUCCUGGUUCACGUCAAAGUGUCCUCGCCCAAGGUCCUCCAGCGUUUGAUCAAGUCUCGGGGAAAAUCUCAAAGCAAACACCUGAACGUGCAGCUGGUGGCGGCCGAAAAACUUUCCCAGUGUCCUUCGGAGAUGUUUGACAUCAUCCUGGACGAGAACCAGCUGGAGGACGCCUGUGAGCACCUAGCUGACUACUUGGAGGCGUAUUGGCGAGCCACGCACGCCCCAGCACUCAACAGCAUGCCAGCACGCAACCUGAGUGCCGGCGCCCUCUUGCCGUAUCCUGCAGCCGUCUUUCAGGCCCAAUUACGCAAAUGUAACCUCCCGACACCCAACACGAUGUCGCCAGUGGAGCGUCGCAGCAGCCUGAUGCCAGCUGACCAAAACGUGCAGAAUGAGAGGGUUAGGACUGGUCUCCACCGGAUCUCGUCGGGUUCCCAGCCCAGCUGCGACCAGUCUCCUCUGGUGAAGGAGGAGCCGUACCUCCAAGACCCCUACCAGGACUCUUAUCACCCUCAUCGCAAGCCAGGCCGCAGGCUUUGAAUGAAAGCCCCUUGUACAAGAUAAUGAUAGCCUGUGGAAUGAUAGUCUUGAUACAGUAAUAAAGUAUGUUGUUAUAUAGAUACUAUUUAUUUUCUUAGCAAUAUAACGCAGAGCAUGUUUUUUUUUAUAUAUAUAAAUAUACAUACAGUAUAUAAAUAAGCACAGCAAAGUGACAUCAUUGGAGUGUUUUUAUAUAGAAAUACGCUUACUGUUGACUCAUUUGGACAAUUACCAAGUUGUAGGCAUUAAUAUUCGUCUACAGUGGCACCUUGAUUUACAAGUUUAAUCCCUUCCACGCUCGUAACUCAAAUCAUGUGUAUAUCAAAUCAAUUUUCCCCAUUGAAAUGAAUGGAAAUCCCAUUAAUCCGUUCCAGCCCCCCCCCCCCCCCCCCCCCCCACACAUACACAAAAAACUCUCCAAAAAAUGAAUUUUUUUUAACUAAGAAAAAUAACGCUCUACAGCAGUGCUUCUAAAUUUUUUUACACCAAGUAGCACCCAAAAAAGUAAUUGCCGUUCCAAGUCGCACUAAAAUGAGCAACAUUAAAAUACAGGUGCCUAGUAGGCCUAAAUAGUUAUCAAUAAUGAAAGAGGUUGUGUUCCAAAGUUUACAAUAAAACAAAAGACUUUCCAAAGAAUUUUCCAAGUAUGAAGUCCAAAUUUUAUGUGAAAAACAUCAAAUGAUACAGUCAUAAUGUUAAAAGAAAAAACAACACAUUAUAUGCCAGUUGUGAUAUAAUAGGAAAAAGAAAACCCCAAGGCUUACAGGAAUGAUUAAAAAAAAUUAAGAAUGAUCAGAAUACUACAAGACAUAUCAAAAAAAAUUACAAGAAAAAAAAGGUUAUAACUACAGCAACAUCGUUGGUAGUUUUGUUAGCCCAUCAAUGGCGUUUUGUAUUGUGUGUUAGCAUUAAGCGAAGACAAAGUUAUGAAGUUUGGUUAAAUGCAUGUGUAAUUCUCUUUGUUUUAAUCAACUGGGAAAGGCAAGAAACAGCUUGAAAGCUCUUUUGAACAAUUGUUUACUAUCUGCCAAACUGCUUUGUGAAUUUCGCUGACACCAUACCUAGUGCGCUUAACUCAAAUUUUCGCUCGCAACUCAAGACAAAAAGUCGUUGAGCAAUGACUCGUGUAUUGAAAACUCCUAAGUUGAGGUGCCACUGUAUUCAUGUACUGUGUAUUCACUGAGUAGCUGCACCAAGGAUGGUUAAAAUGUCACACUGAACAGAAAUACUGCACUAGAAUUAUGCUAAUAAAACUGUAAUAUAAUGAGAA